AUGCCUCCCAUCCGCAGCGCGCGAACACGCAAGGCUCCUCCAGAUGGCUUCGACGAUAUCGAAGAUACCCUCCUUGAAUUCAGCAAUAAGAUGAAAGAUGCAGAGAACGCCUCUCAUGAAGGCAAGAAGAGACACGAAGUAUUAUGGCCUAUUUUCCAAAUCAGUCACCAACGGUCAAGAUACAUAUAUGACUUAUACUACGAGAAAGAAGCUAUAUCGAAAAAGCUUUAUGACUGGCUUUUAAAAAACGGAUACGCGGAUGCAAACCUGAUAGCUAAAUGGAAGAAACAAGGGUAUGAAAAGCUAUGUUGUUUACGAUGCAUUCAGACCAAGGAGACGAACUUCAACGCUACCUGUAUAUGUCGUGUGCCUAAAGCGCAGCUGAAAGAGGAUCAAGGCAUACAGUGCGUGAGCUGUGGGUGUCGCGGGUGCAGUAGUAGCGAUUAA